AGCCCACCUUGCUCCUCGCGACAGGCUACCUCCUUCUUCGAUCUUCUCUCACAGCAACUCAGCUCAGUUCCCAAACCCUGCCUCCGAGCUCCGCCACGGUGCCGCCGCUUCUCUCUUGCUGCUGUUGUGCUCCGCUCUCGUCCCCCGAAGAAAACCACGAUGCUUCAAACACUUCAAAACUCAAUUAUUUGCCCCUUUCUUUCAUCACCCAAAUGUCACACUAGGGCUCAACCUCAAUUCUUGCUCAACAAUAGUUUCUCUUUCUCAAUAACAACAUUAUCCAUCUCACAUAACAGAAGUCAUGCCUAUUGUGCGUUUGAUUCCUCACUUGGUCAUUCCAACAUUUCCCGAAGCAAUAGUCUUUCAGAGAAGGAGAAACAAGGGAAGAAGCAGCAGAAAAAGAGAGUGGCAAAGAAAGAGCACCACUUGUGGAAAAGCAGAGAUUCUGCUCAAUCUGGUCAGAAGGCAUUGAACCUUAUUAGAAUUGUAUCUCAGCUUCCUAAUGAGAAAAAAGCUGUUUAUGGGGCUUUAGACAAAUGGACUGCUUGGGAGACAGAGUUCCCAGUGAUAGCAGCAGCCAAGGCUUUGAAAAUCUUAAGGAAAAGGAGACAAUGGCUUCGUGUAAUUCAAGUAGCAAAGUGGAUGUUAAGCAAAGGCCAAGGAGCAACAAUGGGAACAUAUGACACCCUUCUUCUGGCAUUUGAUAUGGAUCAGAGGGUAGAUGAGGCAGAAUCAUUGUGGAAUAUGAUUGUUCAUGCACACACACGUUCUGUCUCAAAGAGAUUGUUUUCUAGAAUGGUCACGUUAUAUGAUCAUCAUCAUUUGCCGGAAAAGAUUAUUGAGAUAUUUGCAGACAUGGAGGAGUUGCAGGUAAAACCUGAUGAAGAUACGGUCAGACGAGUGGCAAAUGCCUUUAGAAAACUUGGCCAAGAAGAGAAGUGUAAAUUGGUUAGAAAACGAUAUGGGCUUAAGUGGAAAUAUAUUCACUUUAAUGGUGAACGGGUUAAAGUUAGAACAGAAGCUUGGGAAGAAGAAGAUCCAUUUAGAUGUUGAAACUGGUGUAUUGCGAAUUGUCAAUGAAGACACCAGUACACCAUAUUCUAUUACCCGGGAUCUGCUGUUGUUGCCGAUUAUGUUGUUACAUUCCUAAAGCUGCUGUAUUAGAGGUUCACUAGUUUGGUUCGAGCUUAGCAGAUCAGGGGAGGAAGUGAGGAACUGAACUUUCCUUGAGGGAUCGGUGCAGUGCUCCCAGAUAUAAAAAUGUUAUACUUGUAUAUAUAUAUAUUAGUUAUGUAUUCAAUGGAAAGGUAGCUAAAAUUUAAGGAAUGUAUUCAUGGAAUGUAAUUUUAAUAUAGUGAUAGUUCUAAAAAUUUUUUUGAUAUGUAUUGUGGUAUCAACAAAAAUGUUAGACUCAACCAACUACUGCCUUAAAAUGUUACAAGUGGAUUGAAAUUAA